AUGUCACUUAAAGAUUUCAAGAUUAUGUCAAAAUUAGGUGAGGGAGCCUACUCAACAGUGUAUAAAGUGAGAAGAAUUGAGGACAAUGCAGAAUACGCCUUGAAAAAGGUUAACCUAACAAACUUGAGUGAUAAGGAGAAAUAAAAUGCUUUAAACGAAGUUAGAAUAUUGGCUUCUAUUAAACACCCCUUUAUAAUCAGCUACAAAGAAGCCUUCAUUGAUGUCAACAGCAAUUCAUUAUGUAUCGUGAUGGAACUUGCUGAUAAUGGAGACCUGUUCUAGCAAAUUUAGAAAUGUAUCAAAUCAAAUACAUUUAUGCCUGAAAAUGACAUUAUGAAAAUUACUUUUCAAAUUGCUAGUGGUUUAAAAGCGUUGCAUGAUUUAAAAAUAUUCCAUAGAGACUUAAAAAGUGCAAAUAUUUUUUUGUAAUCAAAUGGAGAUGUGAAACUGGGAGACAUGAAUGUUUCAAAGGUAGCCAAAAAGGGAUUGCUUUACACACAAACAGGAACACCCUAUUAUGCAAGUCCUGAGGUGUGGAAGGAUCAGCCCUAUGAUCAGAAAUCUGAUAUCUGGUCGUUGGGAUGUGUAACUUACGAAAUGGCUGCUCUCAAACCUCCAUUUAGAGCAGAAGACAUGGAAGGACUGUACAAGAAAGUAAUCAAAGGUCUCUAUCCAAGACUUCCCUCCCAAUAUUCCUAAGAUUUACAAAAUGUCAUAAGGAUGAUGUUGUAAGUCCAAACACACUUAAGACCCACAUCCUAAGCCUUAAGUGAACUCCCAUAUUUUAAUAGAUUUAAAACACAAACAAUCGAAGAUCAAAGCAAGUUGCUAAAUACUAUCAUAUUCCCUAAAAAUUAAAUUUCCAUUGCAAACAUGUUACCCAAAGCUAAUUACAGCAAUCAAAAAUAUAAAACGGAGGCCCAUUAAAAUAGUGACACCCAGGAGACCAUCAACAGAAAUAGACAAACAACUCUAGGAGCUGGUUCAUAGUAGUCUUCUCCAAACCCUACUAGAAUUUCCUAAUACCUGGCAGAAUAGGAAUUGCUUUUAAAAUAAUAGUAUUCAAUAAACUAUUCUGGGAAGCAUAAGAAGGCACAUAACUAUUCUGAUAGGAAUGUGAUUGCCAAGAUCCUACUUGAAUAUUAGAAGGAAGUGCCCAUUUAUCAAUAACUAAAAUAACGAUAUCGAAGACUCUCUUAGGAGGAAACUCCUUAUUUGCAAUAGAGAAGGAUCAGUCAAUUGCCAGUGCUAAUUGAACAUUCGCCAAAUCAGAAACGAAAUAAUCGGAAUUAGAGUUUGCCAGCUUAAAAUUUGCCUAUAAUCUGA